CAGGAGAACGAGAGAGCAGCCAUGGCUUCUGCUUCUUACAUGGAGGAUUUGACUUGUUCUAUCUGUCUGACUAUCUUCACUGAUCCAGUGAGCCUUCUCUGUGGCCACUCUUUCUGUAGAGAAUGUAUCACCAACUCUCUGAGCAUAAAGGACAAAUGUCCACAGUGUCGGACAACUGUUCCAAAAGAGGAGAAAUAUCUCCCAACCAGCCACAUUCUGAAAAGCCUUGCUGAGAAAGCUAAAGAAGCUGAGAAGAUAAAGACAAAACAGAGAGAUGAGACCACAGGGGUUUCUGAGUCUUUGUGCCCUGAGCAUGAAGAAAAGCUGAAACUGUUCUGUGAAACAGAUCAACAAUUAGCCUGCGUCAUAUGCCGAGAUGGGGAGAAGCAUGAUGGACACAAAUUUAAACCAAUCAGAGAAGCAGCUACAUCUCUGAGGCGGGAGCUGGAGAAGGGUAUGGAGCACCUUCCUGAUGACAUCCAUGCCAUAGAUAGCCUAGCCAAUAUGCAGAGAGAAGAAAUAACAAAAAUCCAGGUGAUGUCCCAGCAGCUGAUGACCCAAAUCAGCACCCAGUUUGAGGAGAUGCAUCAGUUUCUGAGACAGAGAGAAGAAGAGAUAAAGAAUGAGCUAAAGGAGAAAAAGACAGAGGCUGUAGAGGAGAUGACUGAGAAGUUACAGGCGAUGGACCUGGCUUUGUCUGAGAGUAGAGAGCUGCAGGUGAAGAUGACAGCAGCUCUGGAAAUUUGCAACUCAGUGAAGUUCUUGCAGAGUUGGACUGAAGUGAACAACAUGCUGACUCCAGAGUGUUUGUUCAGGCCCAGAGCAAAUGAUCUGCAGGUGGCCCACACUUCUCUGAGUUUGGGUCCUUAUGAAAGUCACCUGCAGUUCUUUGUGUGGAAGGAGAUGCUUCAGGUGGUCAAGCCCCGGGCAGAGCUGCUCUCACUGAGAGGAAAAAAUACAGAUGUAACUGUGUCUGAUGACGGACGCAGUUUGCUUUGUACUCCCAAAAGCAGCCAAUCUCAAUCAGGUUUAUCAUUUGGCUCUACCAGAGCCGGAGACUUUGUUGAUUUCAGCUCUAACCAACGAUCUAGCUUUGAUCAAAUGGACUUUUCAUUCAUUUGGGUCUGGCCAAGCCAGGAGCUCUUUUGA